AAUCUAAUUCACCUUCACAACGUGUGAGUCGUGAAUGGGCGUUGUGUGGUUCACUGGUUCACUCGCUUCCAUUCUUUUGUUUUUGUGGGUGGUAAACAAACUACCGUCAGCUGAUACUUCCGUGGCUUUUAAAUUUGAUUCUCCACUACAAACAGUACCGUUGUUCCCUUUAAUUGAUUCAUACUUAUCAUAUUUCAAGCUUUUACCCAAACGAGUCAGACAAAUGGAUCCCUGUGUGGACGAGGCCAAAAUUGUGAAAGAGACCCUACAUGCCGGGAGCCAAGUGGUCCCAUUCCGGGACGGUACCCGGAUCAAGUUCCACUACCAGACGCGCAAACUCGAUGGCACCGUACUGGACGACAGCCGUGAGACGGCCAAACCGAUGGAGCUGGUGCUGGGCAAAAAGUUCAAACUGGACGUGUGGGAGGUGUGCCUGCAGAAAAUGGCCCUGCACGAGGUGGCCAAGUUCCGGUGCGAUAAGUCUCUGCUGCAGCAGUAUCCGUUCGUGUCGAAAACGAUCCGGGAUUCGAUGAAGCCGUCGGAACAGCGGAAGCACUGCUGCGGGAUGACCAUCCAGAACGAGGGAAUCGGUUAUAAGGAUUUGGAUGAGAUCUUCAAUUGUCCGCAGGAUUUGGAGUUCAUUCUGGAGAUUUUGUCGAUCGAGAAUCCGGAGGAAUAUCAGAAGGAAUCGUGGCAGCUGAAUGAUGACGAAAAGCUAGAACAGGUGAAAAAGCUUAGGGAGAAGGGGAAUGAUUGCUACUCGCGAAAGGAUUAUGCUGCCGCAACGGAAGCAUAUUCGUACGCUGCUGGACUGAUUGAGCAACUGAUGUUAAAGGAGAAACCAAACGACACGGAGUGGCUGGAGUUGGCUCAAUUGAAAGUACCCUUGCUUCUAAAUUACUCACAGUGUAAAUUGCUCGACAAGGAUUACUACGCGGUCAUCGAGCACUGCAGUGAGGUGCUGGAUAAGUACGACGAGACCAACGUGAAGGCUCUAUUUCGGAGGGCAAAAGCUCACGUGGGAGCUUGGAAUCCGGAGCAGGCGAAGGCCGAUUUUCAGAGGGCGGCAGAUUUGGACCCGGCUAUUUCCGGAGCUGUCAAUAAAGAGUUAAAGAGUUUACAAGAAGCGAUACGACUUAAGGACGUGGAAGAUAAAUUACGGUUCCAGAAAAUGUUUUAAGGCUAGCAAUUGUAAAUGUCUGUGUGCUUGUUGUAUGUAUACAUGGCGGUGGUAAGUUUUAUUCUCUGAGUGAGUAAUGUGCAAUGCUUGUGAUUAUCUUUAGAAACGAAUGCAAUCAAUUUAUCAACACGGUUGUAAUCAAUAAAAAUAAUUCGAUGUAU